AACAUGGUUAAUGUCUCCGUCGCAGACACAUCUUCCGCCUGUUUGGGGUCUCGUUAUGAAUUUCGGUGUGAUCUGUGGACAAGCUGAAAACGUGUAUUUCUGAUUAUCAUAUGCAUAAUUAGUGGAAUUUAAAGUCCUCUACGUCAGACGACCCGAACUUGGGCUUAUCGCAGCAUAUAAAAAGAUGCCAGAAGUUCCAUUUUGAUAUCAGUAAGUCUAUUCAAGUCUUCGAACAAACAACAUGAAGUUCAUCAUUGCUUUCGCCUGCCUGCUGGCUGUGGCCUGCGCCAACGAGGAUGCCGGUGUGCUCCGUAAUGAUGCGGAAGUGAACGUUGAUAGCUUCAAGUACGCUCUGAAGCUCGACAACUCCGUGGAUGUUGAGCAGCAGGGUGAGCAAAAUGGUGAUACUUGGGUUGUCAAGGGACAGCAGGCCUGGACAUCUCCCGAGGGUGUGCCAGUGUCCAUUCAGUACGUUGCUGACCAGAACGGAUACCAGGUUCUCGCUGCCAACCCCCCUCUGCCCACCUCUCCCCCAAUCCCAGAGGCCAUCCAGCGCUCCCUGGAAUGGAUCGCAGCCCACCCCUCUAAGGAAUAAGUCAUGUUUACCAAAAAAUAAAAGCAGUUAAAAGUUUA